CACCCUCCUUGAUAGGUAUGGUAAGGAAGGACUGGGCUUCCCAAAACAGCAUUGCCCUCUCCUGGCAAGAGCCGGACUUUCCCCAUGGAGCAAUUCUGGACUACGAGAUCAAGUACUAUGAGAAAGUCUACCCACGGAUAGCGCCGGCAUUUUGGCACUACCUGCGGGUAGAAGAGCAUGAGCAGCUCAGCUAUUCCUCCACAAGGUCCAAGGCUCCAAGUGUUAUCAUCACAGGUCUCAAGCCAGCCACCAAGUAUAUAUUUCAUAUCAGAGUCAGGACGGCAGCAGGAUACAGCGGCUAUAGCCAGAAGUUUGAAUUUGAAACUGGAGAUGAAACUUCUGAUAUGGCUGCGGAGCAGGGACAGAUUCUUGUAAUUGCCACUGCUGCUGUUGGCGGAUUCACACUGCUGGUCAUCCUCACUUUGUUCUUCCUGAUCACUGGAAGAUGCCAGUGGUACAUAAAGGCCAAAAUGAAAUCUGAAGAGAAAAGAAGGGCUCAUUUGCAGAAUGGACAUUUACGUUUUCCAGGCAUCAAAACAUAUAUUGAUCCAGACACAUAUGAAGACCCUUCUCUUGCUGUCCAUGAGUUUGCAAAGGAAAUAGAUCCUUCAAGAAUUCGUAUUGAGAGAGUUAUUGGGGCAGGUGAGUUUGGAGAAGUAUGCAGUGGACGUUUGAAGACACCAGGAAAAAGAGAGAUACCUGUUGCAAUUAAAACUCUAAAAGGUGGCUAUGUGGACAGGCAGAGAAGAGAUUUCCUCAGAGAAGCUAGUAUCAUGGGACAAUUUGAUCACCCAAAUAUAAUUCGCCUUGAAGGAGUUGUUACGAAAA